AUGGAUAAUAAUGAGAAUAGGCUUCUCAUAGAUGAGAGAAACUUCAAACGUGAUGAACAAGUAAAGAAUUACGACAGGUUAUUACGUAUGGCAACCGAUGAGCAAAAAAGCGUAUAUUUAGAAAUUAUUAAUGCUGUGAAUCGAAACAAGGGAGGUAUGUUUUUUGUUCAUGGAUUUGGUGGUACUGGAAAAACAUUCUUAUGGAGUAUUCUUGGUGCUGAUAUUCGUUCUAGGGGUGAUAUUGUUCUUAAUGUUGCGUCAAGUGGUAUAGUUGCUUUGCUUAUGGAAGGUGGUCGGACAGCACAUUCUAGAUUUAGUAUACCCAUCCAUGUGGACGAAUAUAAAACGUGUUUGAUAGAUGUCAAUUCUCACCUUGCCGAGUUAAUUAGAGAAGCAAGACUCAUUAUAUGGGAUGAGGCUCCAAUGAUGAACAAAUAUUGUUUCGAAACGUUGGAUAGGAGUUUGCGAGAUAUUAUGAAGUGUGAUCGGGUUUUUGGAGGUAAGGUUUUUGUUUUGGGGGGUGAUUUUAGACAGAUUCUACCGGUUGUGCCAGAAGCUGGUAGAGUUGGUACAGUUUUAGCCUCCAUAAACUCAUCCUUGCUUUGGAAUAGUUGUAAAGUACUUCAGCUUACACAAAAUAUGAGACUCCGUAAGGCUCAAAACAGUAGCGAUGCAAAUGAUCUCUCUACGUUUUCAAAAUGGCUUCUCGAUAUUGGGGAUGGCAAAAUCAACGAGCCUAACAAUGGUGAGGUAGAAAUAGACAUACCCAAGGAUUUAUUGAUUACAGAAUGUGAUGAUCCUAUACAAGCUAUUGUUAAAGAGAUAUACGGUACAUCGUUUGUAACAAGGACCAAUGCAAAAUUCUUUUGCGAAAGAGUUAUUCUGAGUCCAAUAAGAUAA